AGUGAAAAGAGAUAUGAUAAAUUUCAAUACCUAAUCUCACCUUCACCUCCUGCAUGAUCUCAAUUUUAUUCCUUGCCUCUCUGAUCUCUAGUACUUUAAGAGUCCAUUUGGUCAGUAUCUUCAGCAAAAUUGUGGGGGAGGGAAGUAAAAAAGACUUCUGCAUAAUUUCAACAGCCAGCAGAAUGAGAAGUGCAGAGGAUGGCAGCCGGGGAACUUCAAUAUUUGAUCAAGGUGAGUGGUUGAGUUUGAGCUUAGGAAGAAACUCACCUUCAACAUCUAAAGAAUCUGAGUCACAGACAAGACCUACUCCUGGCAAGGUUUUUUCAUGUAACUUCUGCAUGAGGAAGUUCUACAGUUCACAGGCUCUGGGAGGCCACCAGAAUGCUCACAAGAGAGAAAGAGGGGCAGUGAGACAGUACCAGUCCCAGAGGAUGAUGACAAUGAUGGCUUUGCCUAUCAACAAUCCCAUGUUCAGAUCUCUUGGCAUGGUUCCUCACUCACUUGUGCAUAGAACAGGUAGAGAUGUAAGUACAACUGUGGCAAGGUUCAGCGAUGCUAGUACAGGCUUUCAAAUGACAUCUCAUCCCAAUCCAGUGGAUGAAGGAUUUGACUUGAGAUGGCCAGGAAGUUUUCGACUAAAUCCACAACAAUCAGAAGACCAGGCUUCAAAUACAAAUAAGAUUGAUCUGAAUCUCAAGCUGUAAUUAUUCUACUCAUCUAUUGCAAAUGUAACUGUUUUCUAUCCUCUCAUGUAACAGCUUCAACUUGGUUCAUCAUCAGUACAUGAACUGACUGUAUGAUCUGCAAGACCUGUUUAGAGUAAAAGAUCCUAGAGAAGUAGCGCUCCUAAAUUUCAAGAUUUCCAGCUUAAACCUAUCAGAUGAAUGUUACCUAAGAUGUAAUAUGUACUUUUCAGUUCCUUUUUAUUCCUACUGCACUAAGAACAACUUUUUAACGUCUUACUCUCUCCCAAAUAGUGGCAGAAGGUUAUUGAAUAUGCAUUUAUAACUUUUUGGUAUUA